CAAAACAAAAACUUUUAGAAUCGAAGAUUUUGUUGGAAAAACAAUGGGUUUGCGUAAGAUGUUCUUGGAAUUAGUGACAUGUGUUGCUGUGAUAUUGUCGGGAAUGGGUGCCGCAGCUGUAGCAUUUCAAAUAGCCAAGCCUAACUGCGAGGAUCGGUGUGGAGACGUUGAAAUUCCAUAUCCAUUUGGUACAACUAAAGGUUGCUACCUAAAUGAGGAUUUCUUCAUGAGAUGUAACGAUUCGUCCGGCCAUCCUCCUGAAUUAAUAGCCGGUAUAAAUUUGACUGUCACAAAGAUUUCCAUGGACGGCGAGCUUGACAUCUUGAUGUAUAUAGCCCAUCAGUGUUACGAGAAUGGUGUGCUUGGGUAUAACAACAAUCCCUGGCUCAACUACCCGGCUUUCACAGUUUCCAACACCAAAAACAAGUUCUUCGCCAUCGGCUGUGACACUUACGCCUACCUCAAUGCUUUCCGAAACAAUGAACGGUUCUCGAUAGGCUGCAUGUCUAUAUGUCGAAGUCUUCAAAAUGUCGAAAAUGGAUCUUGCACUGGGAUUGGGUGUUGCCAGGUUGAAAUCCCAAAGGGACUGAAGAACUUUACUUUGGAUGCUCGUAGCUAUCGCAAUCACACAAAUGUCUCUACAUUCAAUCCAUGCGGCUUUGCUUUUGUGACUAGACAAGAAGAGUUUGAUUUCGCCUCUGAUUAUCUUAUAAGCCUGCGAGAGAAAGAGACCUAUCCAAUGGUUCUUGAUUGGGCAAUCGGUGAUGAAAAGUGUGAAACUGCUCAAACCAAGCCAGAUUACGUAUGUGGAGGGAACAGCUCAUGUGAAAAUCCCCCAGACGGUGUCGCUGGGUAUCGUUGCAGGUGCGAAGAAGGCUAUGACGGAAACCCAUACCUCCCUCAUGGUUGCCAAGAUAUUAAUGAGUGCGAAGCAGAUCCGAAACCUUGCAAUAUUACUACAUCAAAAUGCAACAACACUGACGGGAAUUUUACAUGUAUUUGCCUCGACGGAUACGAAGGAGAUGGGAAGAUCAUAAACGGAACCGGUUGCAGACUUAAAGCCGGGGCCAACCUGCAAUCAAGGAUCAAUAUCAUUAUUCCACUCGCUAUCAGCAUUGGACUCUUAGGAUUGUUUGUGGGAGGUUCUUCAAUAUAUUGUGGACUUAAAAGAAGAAAACUCAUCAAGUUAAAAGAGAAAUUCUUCGAAGAAAAUGGUGGCUUGUUGUUGCAACAAAAACUCUCAAUUAAUUAUAGCACUUCAAUGGAGACUGCCAAAAUAUUUAGUGUGGAAGAACUUGAAAACGCUACUAACAAUUAUGAUGAGAGAAGAAUCCUUGGGCAAGGAAGCUAUGGAACUGUUUAUAGAGGAGACCUACCAGACAACAAAGUUGUUGCCAUUAAGAAAUCAAAGAUUUGUGAUAAGAGUCAAAUUGAGCAAUUCAUAAAUGAAGUUAUUGUGCUUACUCAAAUUAACCAUAGAAAUGUGGUUAAGAUGUUAGGUUGUUGUCUAGAAACAGAAGUGCCUUUACUAGUUUAUGAAUUCAUCACAAAUGGGACUCUUUCUAGUCACAUUCAUGAUAAAACCCUAUCAUCCUUGCUCUCAUGGGAAAAGCGUUUGAAGAUAGCGUCAGAAACUGCAGGGGCGCUCGCAUACUUGCAUUCCUCAACUUCUGUGCCAAUUAUACACAGGGAUGUGAAACCUGCAAAUAUACUUUUAGAUGAUAGCUAUUCAGCAAAAGUGGCUGACUUUGGAACUUCAAUUUUGGUCCCUCUUGAUCAAAUAGAAUUAUCUACAUUGGUGAAGGGAACUCUAGGAUAUUUAGAUCCAGAAUACUUUUAUAGUAGCCAACUUACAGAAAAAAGUGAUGUCUAUAGUUUUGGUGUUGUUAUGGCAGAGUUAUUGACAGGUAAGAAAGCCCUUUGUUUUGAUAGGCCUGAAAAUGAUAGAAGUUUGGCAAUGUUCUUUAACUCUGCAAUAAAAGAGGAUCGCUUGCAUCAAAUUCUUGACAAUCAAAUUGUCAAUGACGGCAAUAUUAAUGUAAUAGAUGAAGUUGCUAAAAUUGCAAAAUGGUGCUUAAGUGUAAAAGGGGAUGAUAGGCCAACUAUGAAGGAAGUGGCAAUGGAACUAGAAGGAUUGAGAAUUAUGGGAAAACAUCCGUGGGUAAAGGCUGAUCUCUUUACAGAAGAGACUGAAUACUUGCUUGGGGCACCUACACACUCUUUCAACAUUGAUAUCAACAAUGCUUCUUCUUCUAUGAUCACAACAGUUGGGCUUGAGAGUAUGAAGAACCAAGUCGUGAAACCAUUAAAUGACGGUAGAUGAUGAGCUAGUCGAUCCACGGUGAUCAAUAUAUAUAGAUAUAUCUUCACAGACUGAUCGAUGAACUGUAUUACAUUUAGAUAUAUGUAUAUCUCUCCUAUUUUAAUUUUCAUGUGCUAUGUCUCAAUC